GACGAUAUUUUCGCGGACGACGUGGCAGACGUGCUACUUGGUCGUUCCGUUUUGUUUGUUUUAUUCCGUGUCACUGCCAGAGAAAUGAAAAUUCAUGUCAAUUUGCAGGGAAGUUGUUAUGGAUUCUCACUUCGAACUGUUACUUUGGUGAUUGGGAUCUUAUCAUUGGCGGGAAAUGUUCGUGUCUUUAGUUACGAAUUACAGAUCGGAGCCGAUAUGGGAACUUUGUCUAAUUUUUUGGUUAUAAUCCCAAUGAUUAUUUCCUCGGCUCUCGUUGUAGUCGUGGCAAUGGAAAAUCGCUUUCCGAAGCUCCUUAUUCCUUGGAUCGUCUUUAGCGUCUUGGAAUUGUUCAUUGUACUUUUUGGGUGUUAUUUAUUUAUGGUUGCUGCCGGUCAAGCAUUUCAGCCUAAAUCAAUUGAGAAAUUCUUUUUCAUUACGAUUGGCGUCCUUUUACUCACAGUCGUCAUUUUAUUCCGCACCUGGUUUGUAGUUUUCAGUUACUACCAUGAACUGAUGUUUGGACCGAAAAAAUAUCCACAGCCCGACGACCUGCCGUUGUAUUACCACUAUGGAUUAUUCAAUUUAUCAACUGUUGCAGUCACUCGAUAGAUAUCAUAUUACCGAAUACAUUAGAUAGAUACGAA